GUGACGUGUGAAACGCCGCAGAGCCGCAGAAACACUCCGUAAACCUACAACUCAGCAAUCGUUAUUAACAUUAUUGUAGUUAUUGCUUUGUUCUUUUUUUUUCCUUUUCCUUUGGAACACAAUGGAAUAAACGAAAUAAAGUGAAGAAACUUUUAUUUCCGUGAAAUAUAGAAGGCGUAAAUCUGGUAUUUUAGUGCGUUUUUAAUGCAGCUUUACUUUUGUACCGCUUGAAAUUUCGCCUCCAUGGAGAAAUCCAAGAACUUCCGUAUCGAGGCUCUGCUGAGAGAGCGCGCGCCGUGUGAGACUCCGCCCCCUAGUGCUUUCCCGGGGCCUGGAGCGCGCGCGGGUCCUUUCCCCGUGCCCUCCCGGUUUGUGUACUCGAGCGCUCCGCUGUUCCCCGCAGUGCCCGCGCUUCACUACACCGGAAUCCCGCACAUCAGCCCCGCAUACGAACCGUGGAUCCGCGCGAGCCUGCUUCUGCCGCGACUCCACCCAUACACAGCAUCUCCUCAGUUGGGGUUGAUGGGAAAAUGUCGGAGGCCACGCACAGCAUUCACCAGCCAGCAGCUGCUCGAGCUGGAGAACCAGUUUAAGCUCAACAAAUAUCUCUCACGGCCUAAACGCUUCGAAGUCGCCACAUCACUAAUGCUAACAGAGACACAGGUGAAGAUUUGGUUUCAAAAUCGCAGGAUGAAGUGGAAACGAAGUCGUAAAGCCAAGGAUCAACUGGGAGUGGCCCGAGAGCACAAAUCAAAUGAUGAGAAUCCAGUAUCUGUGCCUCAGAUUGUGGGACUUGGGGAUGAAGAGGAAGAAGAAGAGGUUGACAACAAAAAACAGUUCAACAUGGACAUGCAACACUCUGACGUUUUGCAGAAGGUCAUCGAUAACCGAUAUGCCUCAGAUGGCGAUGUGGAAGAAAUGAGAAAAAAGAGAGUAGGGUUAUAAGGAGGAGACGAGGAACCUAUCAGAAACAAAGAUGAGUCUGUUUUCUCAGAAACAUGGAGGUGAUGUGAAGAGAGGUGUUUUUUUUGUUUUUUUUAGUAUCCUGGCUAAAACUACUGUGAAACAUUGAAAUACUGAACGUUUUAUGGACUGAUAAUGUUACAUCAAUGUAUGGUGUACAGUGACCCUAAAUACAUUUACACAUCAACAAAGCAAAAUUGCAACAGGAAAACCAAAAAAGACAAAAGCAAAUCAGAAAUCAUCAAACAGCAAAUUUAGAAACACAAAACCAAAAACACAGCAUCAAAUUCAGAUAAACAAACAAAAAAAAUCCAACAAAAUUUUAAACACAAUAAUACCAAAAAUAAAUCAGCAGCAAAUUAGAAAACACAACAAACCAGGAUGAAAAAUACACCACAGCGAAAGGAAAAACAUUCAUUCAUUCACCUUCUACCGCUUAUCCGAACUACCUCGGGUCAUGGGGAGCCUGUGCCUAUCUCAGGCGUCAUCGGGCAUCAAGGCAGGAUACACCCUGGACGGAGUGCCAACCCAUCGCAGGGCACACACACACACACACUCAUUCACUCACGCAACCACACACUAGGGACAAUUUUCCAGGAAAAACAACAUCAUUUAAAAAAAAUAGAAAGAACAGAAAAUUCCAAAACACAAAAUUCAGAAAUAACAAAAACAGUAAAAGCAGCAGGUUCAGUAACAAAUCAAAGCCAAAAACACACAGUUAUCAGUUUAACAAUUUCAGAAACUUAACAACAGAUUUGAAUCGCAGUGGAUCACAGCAAAUUCAGAAACAUGACAAUAACUAAAAACAUAACAAUAAUAAAAAAAUUUAGCAAAUUUUAAAACACAACAACUAACAAACUUCUCUGUAAAUCAGAUCAAUUUAAAAUAGCAAUACCAAUGUUGGGUGCUAAACUAAGGUUAGGCUAACUAAAAGCUACCUCUAAGAACUAGAUGCUAAGUCAUUUUCAUUCUUGUUAGCCAGCUAGCUAACUGUUAAUAUGCUGUAAAAAACAUCAUGUCAGUCUAUGUGUGUUUUCUUUUUGUUGAACAAAAUUCACCUGUAGAAAUGCUACAUAAUAUGUGCUAAUGCUAAUGUUUAUACAAUUAGCAGCAGGUCUAGGAAAACAUUCAAACUCUGAAAUGAAUCAUGGAACAUUUGAAGAAUUUGAUCAGAUAACAUUUACAGUAGCAGUGUUAGCUAUGUUUAUUCCAAACUUAUGAUUCAUUGAAAUGAUACAGCAAUGUGCAAAAUGUCAUGCUUAAAAUGCAAGACUGGGCUUUUACUAAAAUCUUUUUCAACCUGAUGUUGUUUACACAUGUUAAAGUCUAGUUUAUUGACUGUAAAAUAACCUAGAGGUCAAAAGAAACAAAAGUAAAUAAUGUAAAUAACAUGAAUAAAAAAUGAAUCAUUUUGCAAAA